GGAGGCGGGAGGGAGCGCUGCUUCCCCGCGCCCGCCCCCGGCCCGCCCCUCCGUCUCCCAGGUCCCUCUCGGAAUCCGCGCUCCGCCGCCCCGGGGCCGCCUCUCGGCCCGCCCGCUCCCGGUGCAGGUGCCGCUGGCCUGGAGGCGGGCGCCGCCCGUGGUUACCUGGCCCGGGAGCGGGAGCCGGACUCCAGCCCCCUGUCCGACUGGCAGCGGCCUCCCCCGGCCAGGCUCCGCCAGGUCCUCCCGCGCGUGGCAUGCUACGGAGAACAGAAGCCAAACAGGUUUCGCUGGGAAUGGCCCGGCACGAGUGACUUUGACCGUGAAUCCCGGCCUGUGACCUGGUCUUGAUAGAACACAUCUACUGCUUUUCUAAAAUGACCUGGGCGGCGACGGCCUCGCCCCCUGCCAACUUGGGCGGCCGGAGAGGCUUGCAAGGGCUGGAUCCAGCGGCCGGUUCUCCGCCGUGCCCACCCGAGGGCCCCCUCGACGCCCCGCUGUUCCUUGGCUCUCGGAGGGCACGUCUGCGUCCUCACUUCGCCCUUAUUCACCCUGCCGUCUGUUUUCUCUCUUCUUACACGCCUACCCCCACCCCACCCUGGACUCCGGUGUCCCAGCCUCCAGCUCCCUCGCCUCUAGCCCUUCUCUCUCAAAAUUCCCUUCUCCGUAUUUUUUCUCUUCUCCUCCGACCAGCAGUCCUGCUCCUCCUCCCCUCCCGCAUCCCUCCUCCUGACACCGACGGGUAUACAGACGGGGCUGCAGGUUCUGGGCCUGCGCUCAACUCUCUCAACUCGAAAGGCUGCGGGCUGGGAGCUCAGGGCCCCUCGCGGAUGCGGACCCCCUGCUCAGAGGACAGCUCCGUGUCUGCUGCUUCGGUCUCUGCUCCCUCAUUCUGUGGCUACCCUGGUCACCUUUCAGCUCAAAUCAGAGCCCCACGCCAGACAGAAGGACUUCUGACCAGCUGCUGUGUCUCCCCCUGCUUGUGUGCCCUCUCCAGACCCAUCACUCAAGUUCCACUGGACCUUUUCUUUUCCAAAGGGCACUUGAAGUUCAAGAUGUUCAUUGAGGUACAGUGUGCCCACAGAGAAGUGCACAGACGUGUGCUGGCGGAGAUCUCACAGAUAGGAAAGAAGGGCACUACAAGACAACAUUUAAGAACCUCUUCAUGGGAUAAAUCUUUUCCUGAGAACCUACUUUCCUUCCUAAAACUGAAGGAUGCCAAGAAAAGCACUGAUGACUACAGAAUAUAUUUUCACCGAAUGAGAUAACUUUAGGCAAAAAAUACGGCUCACAUGUUAAUUUUUAAAAUACCAUGCCUAUGAAAUGCAAGUGUCCAGACAGCAUGUGUUUCAUUGUUCUAAAUUCCACUUAGAUCCAGAAAACUAAGUGGCCUGACAAAGAGAUACUUGGGAAUAACGAAAGCUGAGCAUUUCUAGAGAAAAUAAAGAUUGUGUUAUUCAAAGCAAAUGGUCAUGCUGUCUGCUCUCUGCUGAGCAUGUGCCUUUUUCUCAGGCUACCCACUCGAUUAUUAAAAUCGCUCAGUUCUUUCUGUGGCCCAUUAAAAUAAUCAUCACCACAGUCUACAGGUGCUCUCCACGGGAGUCGCCGCACUUAGUCUCACUGUGACUGCCUUGGGCUCCCAGCUCCGAGAGCUCCCCUCGGCACCUCCCUCUCUCUUCUCACCGGCCCCUGCUCGCUACAUGCCCAUUUGCUUCCUCCUCCUGCACAUAAUUCAGCAUAUUCUCCGCUCAUUUUUAUUGGUAAAGGAAGUUAAAGUAAAUAAAAGGCAAAAAAACAAACAAAAAAACCCACCCCAGCCCAGUCUACAUAUAUAUGUAGAUAAUUCUCUUAAAGUUUCAUACAUGCCCACUCCUUUUUUCCCUAAAAUUGUAUUUGACUAUAGUUAACUUACAAUGUUGUGUUAGUUUCACAUGCACAGCAUAGUGAUUAGGUUGUACAUAUACAUAUAUUUAUUCUUUUUUAGAUUCUUUUCCCUUAUAGGUU